AGUGAGGAGAGCGUAGCCAGGGCUGACAACUUGCCUUCACCUCAGAAAGACGACGGUGGAGAGAAACGAAGCCGUGACCGUCGCUCUGAGACCGAAAAGCUAGUUUUUUCAAAAGACCACGCUCUCAGCAACACCCUCACCGGCGUACUACGGAAAACAAUCGACGACAUGGAAGAAGAUACCGCUACUCUCGAAGCAUUCAUGGAGCUCAAUUCAGCGGUUCGGAUUGACAGCGCGGCCGAGAGCGCAAAAGACGAGUUGGAGAUCAGGACAAACGCCGUGGUUCGAGCCAUACCAGACAACGUCGAGACCUCGACAGAAGCAAAGGCUCUCGCAAGAUACGCAUUAGCCGACCUGCUCAACAUCCUGGUACGACAAGAUGCUGUGGAUGAUGCGAUCGAUGCAGUUAAGGCGCUCGUCGAUGCCGUUCUCGAUCGUGCCAUUAAAGAAAAGCACUGGAUUGCCGCUGCACUGUGGACCCGUUCCUUCCUCCAAACACGCUCGGAAGGUCUUGAGGAGAUUGAAUACGGAGACUACCUCUCGAGCUAUAUUAUAAUAUUCGAAUACUUCGAAGAACGUGCCUUGGCUGAAGUGGAGAGGACUUGGGAUGUUGGGGCGCUGGAGCUGUGCCUAGUGAUGGCCCGGAAAGGUGACUGCACUGAAACGUUCGGUGUCGGCGUAGCCGGACAUCUCAUACGCUCCCCUCAACUUCUGUCGCCCGGAAACUUCGAGAAACUUCUCGCCUUCGUCGGGCAAAGUAUACCGCUUUAUCGCAGGAGCGGCGACCGCUACAUGGCGAAGUGGAACGGAAUUUUGAGCAAGGUGGAGGCCAUCGGCAAGGAGUGUGAUAUCAAUCGGCAGCUCAUGGCUCUUGGACUCAAGGCAUUCUGCGAGAAUGAAUUGAACGCCCCGGCGGUGCUACCACUCGCGUCGAUAUCAUUGUUGGUCGUGAGUCGGCGCCGUGCUACUGCCCCUCCUCGCGCCGGUCAGAUGAACGACUUCUCGGAAGCGCACGAUAGCAUCUAA